GAUGCCCAAAUUUCACAAGAAUCAUUUUUCCAUGACCACAGUUCCACAGGAUUUAAAAUAUGAUCUCCCAAACCCCAUUCAACUGCUUUUUUUUUAAAAAAAAGAACUAGUGCUAUUUUUUCCUCAACAAAAAGAAAGUUGUACGCAUUCUGAAUCGAGCAGCCUUCCUCCUUGUCCCCUUGUGAAGACCCUGCGCUUGACCGCUUUCCCGAAGCAGGCGGUUCCUCCGGUCUCCCUCCUCUGCGGCCGUCCCUACAGACCGGCUGCAGCUUCCAUUCCCGGCUACCCACCACCAACCCAAAGCUGCCGCAACACUUUGAUCGAUCACAUGGCCACUGCACACCUGACACCCCCGAGACGCCGCGCCAUGUCACGCCAAGGCCACCGGCCAGCAGCUCCCGCGUCGUCUUCUUCCCCUCCUCCUCUUCCCCUCCUCAAGACAAGAUCAAACGCGCCCGCCCUGCAGAAACAGAAGCAGAAGCAGAAGCAGAAGCCCGUGGCGCUAGCGCAGAGGGAGGGAGACGCACGCACGUACGGCUAGUAAGUCUGCUGCGGGUUGUUCGUCGGCCAUGGCUGGAGGAGGGUUACUGCCGCUGGACCUGUCGCUGGCCACCGCGGGGGCGUCGGCGUCGGCGGGCGAGCGGCGGGCGGGGCCGCGCGGGCACCGGCGCACCGUGUCCGCGCUCUUCGCCGAGCUGGGCGCGAUGCUCCCCAACGACCUGCCCACCAACCGGCCCGCGAGCCGGGAGGAGAUCGUGGACGCGGCGACGGAGCGGGUGAAGGUGCUGGAGGACACGGCGGCCGUGCUGGAGACGUACCGCGCGGUGCGGGGCGCCGGUGCCGGCGCCGCGCCGCGCCCCGAGGUGGCCGUGGCCGUCGGGACUGUGUGCUUCUGCGCGCGGCUGCCGGCGCCGAGGCCCGGCUCCCUGACGCGCGUGCUGGAGGCGUUCCACCGGCGCGGCGUGGAGGUGCUGGUGGCCACGGUGGCGCGCCACGGCCACGGCGGCGCCGCCGUGGUCACGGUCAACGCGGCCGCCGCGCCGCCGGAGGUCCUGGAGCUGAUCAGGGCGGACAUCGCGGACAUCUACUGAUGAUCAACGGGAUCACUAGCCUCAUCAAAUGGUCUCCUGUUGUUACUUUUGGAGCACAAAAUUAGGCCUUCUUCUAGCACCGAUUAGGGUGAUCAGUGCUGUAACCAAGUAGCCUGAUGAACGUUGUCCUGCAACUCCCAUUCGAUCCGAGAAACAAGAGGACGCUUUUUUUUUCUGUUGCCAGUCAUCAGGUUUGUUGGAAACAUGGACAGGUUUUUUUCAUUUCCUUUGAAAUAUUUUAUUUGCAUUUCAAACUCCACAUGACGCUUCUGGUCGACAUGAACACUCGAAGAAGCCACCCUAAGCAUGAAGGUCAGGUUAGGGGAGGAAAACGGCCAAGCUGCUACAAGUUGU